AUGGAUGGUGAACAAGGGGGCAGGAGUGACAAGCCAGGAGGCUCUCCUCACCUCAGAUUCCUUUCAAAUCCUUUGAUGGGGGAUGUCGUGUCUGAUUGGUCACCUCUGCACGAUGCUGCCAUCCAUGGCCACCUGCUGACCCUGAGGAACCUUAUCAGCCAGGGCUGGCCCGUGAACAUCAUCACAGCCGAUCACGUGUCUCCACUCCAUGAAGCAUGCCUGAGAGGUCAUCUGUCUUGCGCAAGUGUUUUAAUAAGUCAUGGAGCUCAGGUGAACGGCAUGGCUAUAGACUGGCGAACUCCCUUGUUUAAUGCCUGCAUCAGUGGCAGCCAGGACUGUGUGGAUUUGCUUCUAAAGCAUGGAGCCGCUCCCCAUCCUGAGAGUGAUCUGGCCUCUCCCAUCCACGAGGCUGCAAAGAGAGGCCAUGUGAAAUGCAUCGAGUCCCUUGCAACUUUUGGGGCCAAUAUUGACUAUAACAUCAGCCACCUGGGCACUCCUCUCUAUGUGGCUUGUAAAAAUCAGCAGGUAGACUGUGCCAAGAAGCUUCUGGAGUCAGGAGCAUCUGUGGAUCAAGGCAAAGGCUUGGAUUCACCUCUUCAUGUCGCUGCCAGGAUGUCAAAUGGGGAACUGGUGCACCUGCUGAUGGACUUCGGAGCAACUGCUCAAGCUAAGAAUGCUGAAGGAAAGCGGCCCCUGGAGCUGGUGCCUCCGGGGAGUCCUCUGACUGAGAUCUUUUUGGAAAGAGAAGGACCCUUGUCUUUGAUGCAGUUAUGCCGCCUGAGAAUCCGGAAAUGCUUCGGCGUUCGGCAGCAUCAUAAGAUUACUGGACUCCUCCUCCCAGAAGACCUGAAGCGCUUCCUUUUACACCUUUAA